CUCACAACAUUUAGCAUAGUAGGAAGUCACUUCUUCAGUAAUGUUUACAAGAUGGAGAACUACUAAAGAAAAGUCACUGUGAUCUUAAAAUACUACUUGCUCUUAGAGACUUCAAGCAUACCAUGAAGCUGCUAUGCAUAGAUUCUUCACUUUUAUAUCCAGGGAGCCAAGAUUCUAUCUAAGAUUUUGGACGAACGUGCUAUUAAUUCUAGUCUGAUUGUAUAAGUUACGGAUUCCAUGAUGACGCAAGGUUCCAUGGCAACAAGUCCUCUUCAGUGUUUUGUCCAAGUGGCCAUUCACAGUGUGGUUGAAAGAUGUCUUCAAGGAAAUAAAAUCCAGGAAGCUGGAGUGAAGGUACUAAUAGAAGAUAAACCUACUGUAACAGAGAACAGGUAGCCAAAAUGAGGGAUCGCCUUCAAGAGCUUCGACAACGGGCAAAAGAAGCAGAACUUAAGAUAAGAAAUGAAGGUGAAGAAAGCAAACAAACAGAAGACAGUAUAGACUUUAAACAGCAGGCCAUUAUUUUUGAAAAGGAGCCAGUCAUAGAGGACUUCUUAUUGGGUGCUCAGCGAAUUCAAGAUGAAAUCAAUGAACUAAACAAUGAUAUAAAGAAACUGAGUCGACAGAGCACCACCAUGUCUUCCACACGUCGGUUCAGCAUUAUAAAAAAAGACAAUUCCACCCUCAUUAAAGACAUUAAAGUCCGAGUCGAAUCCAUCUACAAACACUUAGACACCAUUCAAAAGGACACACAACAAUCAGAAGCAGAGGCUGGAGUGGAUGCAAUGAUCUCAAGAAUGAAGAGGACACAAUAUUCAAUAUUGUUAAAGCAGUAUCAGGUAGCAAUGUCAGACUUUAAUAUUGUUUUAAAUAAAAAGCAAGAAAACUGCAAGAAAUUUAUUCAACGUCAGCUUGAAGUUGUUGGAAAGGAAGUAUCAGAAGAGGAGCUGAACAACAUGGUGGAGCAUGACAAAUGGUACAUUUUCAACGAGAACUUCCUCAGUGAUGUCAAAAUUACUAAAGGACAUCUGAACGAAAUUGAGAAUCGCCACAAGGAACUGAUCAACCUUGAAAAUCAAAUCAAAGAGCUACAAGAUCUCUUCAUGCAGAUUUCGCUUUUGGUACAGGAGCAAGGGGACUUUCUUAACAACAUUGAAAGAGCAGUGCUGAACACAAAAGAAUACACGGAAAAGGGCAGGGAUGAAAUCAAACUAGCAGUAAAAUUCACAAAGAAAAAUCUAUGCCGAAAGUUGUGCUGCUGGUGUUUCCCUUGUUGCAUUUGAUAUAAUAUAACUAGAUAUUAUACAUAAGAACAGUCAUUUUCAGUAAUAACUGCUAGAGAUUCAUCACUACAAAGUUAAGAUUAAUUUACAAUCACAAUGGGUUUUAAAAUGCUGCAGCUAGUGUGCAAAACUGUUGCUCCAAGAAACAAAAAAAUCUACAGCAUUGCUUCACAAAGUUUUUUGCACUGUGACUCCAUUUUAACACUCAAGCUGUGGGUGGGGGGGUUUGGAAUGGGAGUGAGAGCUGUCAGAGCAGCUGGGGGAAAGGUUUUUGAGCCAGUGGGGAGCAGCUAUGAUGCAAUGGCUUUUUAAUGAUCAUUUUGCAGGCACCGAUAAGGCCUCAGAAAAAAUUCUCUGAGGAGAUGCUGUCCAAAUCAUGGAUAGGAGUAAAAACCUCUGCACACAUAUCAAAGCGCUGUCCUGCAAGAAGCUUCACUCCACAGUCACUAUUGCUGUCUUGGAGAUUGCAAUCCCAAUUGCUCGUCCUGUGACCCCUGACCCAGUUUGGGAACUACUGACCUACAGUGUACAAUUUUGCAAACUUAGGAGGGAAGAAAAAAAUGAUACAGAUAAAUGCUAGCAACCAGGAAAAUAAGCCAAAUUAACAAAUGAACUGAAUUAGCAAAAAUAUUGAUCAAACAUGAAUAGUUAGUGAUCUGUCCAAUUCAGACAGGCAUGUUUGAGGAAAUAUAAAGCUGUUAUUUGGAGUGGCCUAAAAAAAGUCAGUUAACCUGACUUAGCCUUUUUUAAUUGAUUUAUUUGUCAGCAGUUCCUAGUUAUUACUUCAGGUAACUCUGAAGCCUUCAACAGUGAAUAUUUAGUUUUUAAUGUUUGCUUUAUGCUGAACAUAUUGUAUUGUGAGUGUAUCCAUCAUAGACAUGAGAGUGCUAAACCACAUCAUAGUUUCUCAAGUAUAAGUUAUCUUCCAAAAACUUUAGGUAGGGAAUGACUUAAUACAGAAACAAAGUCUUUCCUUCAAUUUUAAUUUAAAUAUAUGGUAUCAGAUAGUAGAAAAUAUUACUCAUUGCAUAAAGCCAAAGCUUUAAGUUACACAUCCUACACUUAAGAGCAGAAAUAUGAUUGUCCUCCUUGUCAUGCAUUUCAACAUAUCCAUCAAUUAGAGACUGAACAUACUGGGCCACACCCUGCUGGAGUUUGGUAUCUUGCAGUACACACUGGUAGUUAGACUAUUUUCUGCACCGUGCAGCUCAAAAGAUAUUGUGCCAUAACUUGCUGGAAGCUCGAGCUGAUAAUGAGGGUGACAGGAAAUAUAUAAUUUCAGUGAACGAUGCAAACAACGGUGUAUCCCCUUAACCAGUGAGAUUUAGGGAUUAAGAAACAAACAGAGGAGGAGGUUGAAUUAAAGUCAAAUCCAAGUACAGAAAGAAAAAUAAAGAGGGGGAAAGAAAGAUUGGAUGAAGAGAGAGAAAAAGACACAGGGAACGAAAAAAAUGCAUUUUCAAAAUCUGACCGCAAUUGACUACAUAUCGGAAUGAAAUUGAACAGUUUAAAUUGCUUCCUUUCUGGGCCAGCAAGGCUCAUUAGUAUUGUAUAAGCAAUUAUCAAGUUGUUAAAACGGUGCUUAUGCUGUUAGGUUCCAGUCCUAACUUUCUGUGGCAAGUUUAAUGGGCAAUUAAUGUGCAAAUCCAUCAAUUCCUCAAAAAUGACAGAAAAGCUAAUGGCUCGUACAAGGCAAAUCAACCAGCAAGUUCUGGAAAUUUGGAACUCACCCAACAUUUCUUAAUUCCAUGAACUGGCUGGCCAAUUUGCGCAUUAACAGUGCUGUUAAUGUGCUGUUAUUUUUCAAACAAGAUCCAGGCCAAUGUUUAGCCAAGAAAGAUCUUGAGAAAGAACAAACUUUUAAGUGUUGUCAUUUCAGCUACAAUAUAAUCUUUGAGGAAGUUUUAAGAUACUAAAUAGAAUUAUAUCAUUCUAUUUGAACUGUAUGAUCUUCCAAUGAAGUGUAAUUUUAUUUUGUUUUAGAUAUAAAAACAAAGUCACUUUGAUUUCCUGAAAAUCUGUUGUGAAACGAAACACAAAAAAGAAUCCUUCCAUGUCUCCUCUCCCCUCAGUGUGAUAUUGUUCCAUCGGUGCAGGGCACUCUCUGGUACCUAUCCAAGUGGCCAUUAUUCAUGCCUGAGGCUUUACUUUACUAUUUGCAUUUUGUCAUGCGAGCUGUCACUCAUCUCUUCUAUCUUGAAAUUCCCUAUACAGAGAUAGUAUUUUAAGAUAGUGGAAAUGAAGUACUUAUCUUACAAGGCACUAAGCACCAAGUGCUAGUCUAUUCAUUACUGACUUAUAGAGAGCAAGUAUUACUAGUUACCUUCACAAUUUCACAUAUAUCCAAUAUGUAAAAAUCUCUACAAAUUUGGCAUCAUACAUACUGUUUUGCUACAGAUUUAUGGAAGCAGUCAGGGAAGAAGAGGUAGUUUUAAUCAUGAUGUUACCAUAGUGCAAUAUGUUUUAUGUCAUGGAAGGUGUGAUUUUUCUCCCCCAAAUGACGUGGUAGUUACUUAUUAGAAAUUAAGUUUAAUUUCUAUUAUUAAUGUAAUCACAAUGCCAAAAUACACCUACAGUAUUGUACGUUAACUUACUAACAAAGUCACAUUAGGCACAUUUUUCAUCUUACUUUGUCAUAUGUAAUCACUACUUUACCAAUCUAUUAGUAUCAGACUGUAGUUAUCUAUGCAUAAUAAACUAAAUUAGUUAAAUUCUCAGAUAGUAAAAUGAUUGAACGUCCAAGUCAGUAAAAGCAGGCUGAAGAAGUCGGAUAAAAUUAGUAAAUGGCAGAAUGAUGGUAAAUCAAAUUUACUGCAUACCAAUUCAAAGCACUAAAUAUCUGAAGAAUAUCGGGCAUCAUGGAUCUAUUAAGUGGGGCUAAAUAGCUAAAGAUGAAUUGGAGAAAGAUAGUAUCCUCCAUAUUUAACCUGUCACAUCACAAUAAAACAACAACAAAGCAAAUACAAUGUUGAACAAUAUUGUUUGAUCAAAGGAAUACUAAUCAGAGGAUGUUAUGUUAAAAUUGUACAGCAUUCUGCUCAGACUGUACCAUCAGAGCUGUGUUCACCCAGGUGCAAAGGAAAUUUACAAACCUUUGACACUGGAGAAAGACAAUAUCUGAUCCCUGAUAUCAAAUAAUUGAGUUUUAAGGGAAAGCUAGGGAAACCAGGCUCGUCAUCACUGAAAAUGGGUGGAUGGGAGUGGAUCUGGCAGAAAUGCAUAAGAUACCAAAUGGCACAGUCCAGGUAAACUCAGAGCAAUACUUUAAGGAAAGCCAAGAUACUAGAACAAGGGAACACAGCUGAAACUGAUGGUGAAAGGACAGCUUCAAAUUUUGGUCAGAACAAAAUUCAUGCAGAGAGCAAUGAACUUUUGAGUGGUCUUCUGGAUAGAGUAGUGGUUGUGAAAACCUUAGAUUCAUCAAGGUAGAAUGAUAUGAUGCGAUGGGGGAAAAGGGGCAACUAAUCUUUCACCGCUGAGUGGGUGAGUUAAAUAAGCUCAAAGAGCUUCCAUCACCUGCAUUCACCUUGUAACCAUGCAACCUAACCAGAGAAUGAUACACAUUAAAUUAAGAUUUUUUCCAGUCUCAAAGCGUUCUCGCCAACUGCAGUUGCUUUAGCGAGGUGAUACCUCAAAUUCUGUAAAAUUUUGCUUCUUCUGGGCCUAGGCACAAAAGUUACCUCACUUAGGUUCAAGCCCCAUUCCACUGACGUCAGCGCAUAAUCUAAGUUGAUGUUCCAAUGCAGUAUUGCCCUACUUGCACUUGCAAAUGGGCAUAAAAUAUUUCACAGUACGGUCUGAAAAACAGGUUAGCUCUCUCGCUAUUCAGGUCAAUAUUUAACCUUUAACUAACAUCACAUUGCUGUUUUUGGAACCUUGCUAGCAUUGCUUGGGAAUAUAUUGUGAAAGGCACUAAGAAAUGUAAGUUCUUUCUUUACAUUUAUUUGGUGUUUGCAGCUGCACUCUUAUUUAUUAAUAAAGUUUUAUUCAUUAAAAUGUUCAAAUCAUAUUCAAAUAGCAUAUUCAGACUGAAAAAUAAUUACAUGUCAAUAAAAUAAAGUAAGGUAUGAAUUACA